AUGCAUUUCACAAGAUUGACUGCCCUUAUUGUUGUUGUUUUCGCUGUAGGAUAUGCGGUAUUCUUAAGAUAUAAAGACAAACCAAGUCUUGGUGAAUCUCUUGUAUCGGACAAAAUUAGUGACGAAUAUGAUUACGUCAUAGUUGGUGCAGGAUCUGCUGGUUCCGUUCUCGCGUCAAGAUUAUCGGAGAACUCAAAUUAUAGAGUUCUUCUUCUAGAAGCUGGCGACCACUUUGAUAACGACAAAAAUAUUCAUAUACCAGUGUUAGCUUUUAACUUUUUACAUUCAAAUUUUGCUUGGAUUUAUAGAAGUGAAACAGAAAACGGAAUGUCCAUUGGUCUUAAAGAUAAACGAACAGUGUUGAAUAGAGGGAAAGGUCUCGGAGGUUCAAGUUCAAUUAAUGCUUGUACGUAUGCGAGAGACAGCCCGUUUGACUUCGAGGAAUGGGAAAAGAAGUAUGGCUGCAUAGGUCCGAAAAGUCACCUUCAAGAUUUAGGCAUUUCUGUUGUACAAGAUUUACCCGUUGGCAAAAAGUUUGAUGACCAUAUUAAUAUUGCCAUUUCCUCUAAAAUAAACCAACCCGUCCAUCUCGACAAAGAAAAGGACCUAGAAUUAUGGUCUUUGCUAGAAUACACACUGUUUGGAACAGGACCUUUAACCACUUUAUAUAAAGCUGCAGCGUUUCUUUACAUCGACAAGACUAAAAUGGAAACCGAGAGGCCAGAUAUUAUGAUUAUUUUACUACCGACAACAGUUGGUGACAACAUUAUUCUGAACUACAAUGAAUCAGUUGCAAAGGAGCUUAUUCAUCCUUACAUAAACAAGCCUGGAUUUUCUGCUUUCGUUUCUUUAUUGCACCCAAGGGCAACCGGUUCCGUGCAGUUGCGCAGUACCGAUCCAUUUGACAGCCCAAUGUUAGAUACGAAUCAUCUGUCUGACAAACAAGAUGAAGAUGACCUGUUAGCUGGUAUCCGACUUCUUGAGGAAAUGGUGUCAACUGAUGCAAUGAAAAGCAUUGUUGUAGAUUUAGAUCUCAGACUUCGAGGAAUCAAGAAUCUUCGUGUCUGUGAUGCCUCUGUAUUUCCAGCUGUGACGUCAGGAAACACGAAUGCACCAACUAUCGCCGUUGCAGAGAAAUUUGCAGAUACGCUAAAGAAAGGACACAAAUUAAAAUGA